AUGGUUGAACUUCGCAAGCGCAAAGCUCCCGCCCCGCCCCCUGUGGCCGAGAAGAAGAGAAAGCCGGCCCCCAAAUCCAAAGCUACCGAAACCGUGGAGGCAGCUCCGGCGCCGGCAGUGCCUCAGGUGGGCGAGACCAUCGAUCUCGAGGACUUCGGUGGUGAAAUUGAGACCAAUGAUGGCACGAAGACGACUCUGAAAAAGCUGGUCGAGGAGAGCACAUCUGGCGUGGUUCUAUUCACCUACCCUAAGGCCUCAACCCCUGGCUGCACCAAACAAGUCUGCUUGUUCCGCGACAACUACACGCAUUUGACAUCAACGGGACUGUCCAUCUUUGGUCUGUCGGCCGAUUCGACCAAGGCCAACACUACCUUCAAGAUGAAACAGAAACUGUCCUACCCCCUUCUUUGCAACCCCAGUGCAACUCUGAUUGGUGCUAUUGGACUCAAAAAGGUCCCCAAGGGAACCAUCCGCGGCGUAUUCGCCGUAGACAAGAAGGGCACGGUGUUGCUUCGAGAGGCUGGUGGUCCGGAUGCAACUGCGGACGCGGUCCAGAAGCUUGUGGCGCAGGGAUUGAUCAAGGAGAAAUCCCAGGACGCAGACAGUAGUGAGUCCAAGUAG